AUGGAGGUAACGUACUGUAUAAGAAUGUCAUCUAAUGGCAACGAUACAGUUCCUCUCUCUAGUGAUCUUCCUCCCUCUCUUCUCCAUGAAGAUCCAUUCACUUCAAAGCUUUCCUGGGAAGCUGAUGUAAUAGCAGGAAUUUACCUAGUAGUAAUAGGAGUUAUAUCAAUAUUUGGAAAUGGAUACGUGAUUUAUAUGCCAAUCAAACAGAAGGAAAAACUGAAACCUGCUGAACUGAUGACCAUAAACCUGGCAAUUUGUGAUUUUGGGAUGGCAGUUGGAGGAAAACCUUUCCUGAUCAGCUCUUGUUUUGCUCAUCGAUGGAUCUUUGGUUGGAAUGGCUGCCACUGGUAUGGAUGGUCAGGGUUUUUCUUUGGAUGUGGAAGUCUAAUUACAAUAACAAUUGUAAGUCUGGACAGAUACCUAAAAAUCUGCCAUUUACAAUAUGGUAUUUGGCUUCAAAGGCACCAUGCCUUCAUAUGUUUGGGAUUCAUCUGGCUUUAUGCUGCAUUUUGGGCCACUAUUCCCCUUGUUGGAUGGGGCAACUAUGCUCCUGAGCCUUUUGGUACUUCGUGCACUCUGAACUGGUGGCUUGCACAGGCCUCUGUGGGCGGACAGAUCUUCAUUCUGAGCAUACUAUUAUUUUGCCUUGUGUUUCCAACGGCCAUAAUAGUAUUUUCCUAUGUAAAAAUCAUUGCCAAAGUAAAAUCAUCUGCCAAAGAAGUUGCACACUUCGAUUCAAGAAUUCAAAAUAACCAUUUACUGGAAAUGAAACUUACAAAGGCGACAAUGUUAAUAUGCGCAGGGUUCUUGAUUGCUUGGAUUCCGUAUGCUGUCGUUUCAGUCUGGUCAGCCUUUGGUACUCCUGACUCUGUGCCAGUUAAAGUUUCUUUUGUACCAACCAUGUUUGCGAAAUCAGCCGCAAUGUACAAUCCAAUCAUAUAUCAAGUUAUUGACUACCGAUGUGGCUUCACAAAGAUUUGCGGUUGCUUCAGAUCACCACAUCGAAAACGGCAAAAAUCUCGGUAA